UUCUUCAUCAGCAAAAGAUCCAAGCCGACGGCACUGGACUUGGAGGAUCGCCUCUGCAGAGUCCUGCUUCGCGCACAGGUCAUCCUUGACGAGGCCAUGGGACGGCACAUCACAAACCAAGCUAUGCUCCAGCAGAUGGGCAUGAUGAGAGACGCCCAGGUAUUGCUUGUCCCAGCUCGCUGAGGUCAAGGUUCAAUCUGCCUUGGUUGUCCAGCGACCCCAAGAUUGCCUUGGUUGUCCAGGUUCAGUAUACCGGACGAGAGAAUUGCAAGGGUUCAGUGCAGUUUCAUCUUCAGUUCGGUUUCAUCAGUGAUCAUAAUUCAGAGCUUGUCUUGAAGAAUGUAUCAGGUUAUACCUGAACUGUAUCCUGUGGAAGAUGGAAGAUGUAAGUUGGAACAGUGCUGCGCACCUUGGUCAAUUAUCGUUCUUCUCGUCAAAUGCUUCAUUACCAUGAGUCAGAAACUAUAUAUGUUUCAGUUUAACAUUUCAGCUGAAGUGAUUAAUGGCUCAAUGCCCAUUUGGAACGCUGGAAGAAAAAAUGGAGAAGCAGGAAGAACGCACACCAAGUGUCGUGUACUUAUUGAUCUGGAACGAUAUGGUCAACACAUGAGCAUGAACUAUUGGACGCAGGACUUGAAACAAUCUGCAUGACUGGACUUGUUCUUAAUAUAUCCUUGAUCUCCUUGGAGUCUUGACUCAGAGACAUCUCAUUCCAUUCCACCACAGCUCCUGUUCAUUCUCUCCUCCACCUGCUGUGUUAUCUUCCUGAGGAGAGAGAGUCCCCAAAUGGAGAUGUUCCUUUCUGCAGUCCUGGGUGAGCUCACCACUAGAUCCAUAAAUUUCUUCAUCAACAAAAGCUCCAAGCCGUCGGCGUUGGAUGUGGAGGAUCGCCUCCGCAGGGUCCUGCUCCGGGCACAGGUCAUCGUCGACGAGGCCAUGGGACGGCACAUCACAAACCAAGCUAUGCUCCAGCAGCUGGACAUGUUGAGAGACGCCAUGCACCGUGGCUAUUACAUGCUCGACACCUUAAGAUACCAAUCUCACGACGAGGAGGACGCCAAAGAUCAGGCCGUGAGUCACUUUUUGUCUUUGUCCAAAGUAAGUUCUCUGAAAGGUUUAUGUUCCUCCAGUAGCAAUGUGCAGAUUUUGGAACAACUGCAAAAGGCGUUUGACAGUUUGAGCUCCAUGAUCCUUGAUUCAAAUGAGCUGGUCCUGUUCUUGUCAAGCUACCCUCGCCUGUACCGCCAGCCUUACAACAUGCAUCUCCUACUAGGUAACUGCAUGUUUGGCCGCCAGAUGGAAGCUGAACUUGUCAUCAACUUCUUGUUACACACACAACCUAAUGGCUCUGAAGAGUUGGAAGUCCUACCAAUUGUCGGUCCCAGAAGAGUCGGCAAGAGCACACUUAUCGCUCAUGUUUGCAAGGAUGAAAGAGUACGUGAUCAUUUUUCAGAAAUCAUGUUCUUGAACGAACAUGAUUUUACAGAUGAUGAUCUAGCUACUUUCAAAGAAGGAUGUCCAAUGAAACAUCAAAAUGGCGUGUCAAACUCGAACAAAGACGGGAGAUUGCUACUUAUUGUGGAGUUAGUAGGGGAUCUCAAUGAAGAUGCAUGGAAUAGGUUGUACUCUGCUUCUAGAUGGUGCAUGCCAAGUGGUAGUAAAAUCGUAGUCACAAGUCGGUCUGACAAAAUCGUGAAGUGUGGAACAACACAGGCUCUAACUCUGAAGUAUCUAUCCUAUGAGGCGUAUUGGUAUUUCUUCAAGACACUUACAUUUGGAAGCAUGGAUCCUGAGAUGCACCCGAGGCUCACGCACCUGGCCAUGGAGAUAGUCAGGUUUUUGAACGGUUCUCUCAUUUGGGCAAACAUCAUGGCCGGUCUUCUGAGGGACAACUUUGACAUCCACUUUUGGUGCAAGGUUCUGGCCUUCUUGAGAGGGUUCAUGAAGUGGCAUGUCUCCAGAUUUGGUGAGCAUCCAUCUAAUUCUGUGAAGCAAAAUAGACCUGCACAUAUUAGGAGAAUGGCUACACCUUCUGAAGAGGUCAUGGUUGUUCAUCAGUAUGAGUGCUCUGCACAAGAGGAGGUUCCCAAGAUUAGAUUUCAAGAUGUGAUGUAUGGAAGAGUUAAACCUCAUGGGAAAUUCGAGGCCCUAGGAUGGAGGUCCCAGAUACCACCCUACUAUAGCUAUGUGUAUAUUUGUGAGACCCGAGAGAUAAAAGCUACAGCUUCCAAGAGGAAGCGUUCUAUGAAAAAUGGAGUCACACUUAGUUAAUUUUGUCAUCAUCAGGCUGAUGUAGCAGGAUAUCUUAAUAUGUUUUGAUAGGGUGUCACAAGUUACUGCAUAGUCAAAAUGUAUGAUAUGUACUAAACCUGGUCAUACGUGAAGUAUGUUUAUUAACAGAAUAAUGCAUGAUGUUGAGGCAAAUAUUUUCAUUAGACAUAAUGAAUUGCUUUCGUUUGGUUUACUACAGAUAUCAGCCUCAGGAUCUGGCGUUCAGAAUUGCGUUUUCUUUAUGUUGGUGUUCAAAAUUGCGUUUUCUUUAUGUUUUCAGAUCAACCUGCAAGUCAUUUUGUCAGCUGAGCCUCUUGGUCAUGUUUGGUCACUUGAAUUUUUGGUUGCCAGAUUGAGAUGGGGCAAGUUAUCAGCUUCAUGUUGUAAGGCAAUCAGAGCCUCAUGGGUUAAGCAGAUUGGGUGUUCUAUCAAUCACUGGUCCAGAAAGAGUUGGAAGAGAUUUUUGAAUUAGUUUAUUUUUAGGGAAAGAUUUUGAUUUAGUUGAACCGAAUGAUUUCAUAUGUUGUAUCUGUAUAUGCACACGACCUUGCUAUCUUUCAGGCUCAUGUACUAGUGCAACAGUUUGAUUCAAUAUGACGCUUGCUCUGU